AUGAUCUAUCAUCAGAAUAAUAAAAAACUAAACUAUUUUUCGCUUUUUCAUAGAUUCUUAUUAUCAGUAUGUGACUCAAAAUAUGUUAUUGCAGAGAGUGGAAGAGGGAAGACAUCCCAAAUAUCUUACUUGGAUUGGAACCCAUGGGAUGGACCAAUCGUUGGGGAUAAACAUUACAAGAUCUCAUUCAAAUGGAACACCAAUCUGGGCGAACCAGGAGCAUUUCUAAUAAGAAAUGAGCAUCCACGAGAAUUCUUUCUAAAAUCUGUGACCCUUGAUGUCCCCGGGCGAGGGAAAAUUCGAUUUCGAUGCAAUUCCUGGAUAUCGCCAGAGCGCGUGGACAAGAAUGACCGUGUCUUUUUCGCUAAUAAGAGUUAUCUUCCUGAUGAAACGCCGGAAGGACUCAGGACAUUAAGGAAUAGGGACUUGGUGCAAUUGCGAGGCGAUGGGAAGGGAGAGAGGAAGGCAUCGGAUCGAAUAUAUGACUACGACGUUUACAACGAUCUUGGAAACCCUGAUAAAGAUCCAAAGCUGAGAAGGGAUGUCCUGGGAGGUUCUGAAGACCUUCCAUAUCCCAGAAGGUGCAGAACAGGCCGCCCUCCAACCAAAACAGAUCCAAAAUCCGAAAGCCCAUCUAGUUCUUCAGUCUUUAUUCCCCUGGAUGAGAGACUCCCUCACGCGGACUAUACAGACAUAGGAUCCCAUACAUUAGAGGCUUCUCUAAGUGCCUUAAUUCCCAAAAUCGAGUCAAAAUUCAGCCCAGAAUUCGAAUCCUUGGAUGAAAUUAAAGAUCUUUACGUUCGUGGACUACCCAACCCUCUGAAUUCUUUGAAGAGCAUUGGUAAGGCAUUCAAAAGCCCAUUCAAGUUCGUGCAGAAAUUAAUAGAGAAAGCAGAAGACAGUCCACUGAUAAACUUCCCGCGUCCUCAAGUUUUUGAUGCUGAUGAAAAUGCUUGGAGAACAGAUGAAGAGUUUGCGCGGCAAACUCUUUCAGGACUGACUCCUAUGGUUAUUAAACGAUUGCAGAAAUUUCCUCCAUCUAGCAGCUUGAGCGCAGAAGAAUACGGACCUCAAGAGAGCUCUAUCACACCACAACACAUUGCAAAAUACCUAGAAGGCCUUUCGGUGUCCCAAGCUACAGAUUCGAAGAGAUUGUUCGUUUUGGACUACCAUGAUGUGUAUAUACCCUAUGCUGCAAGUAUUAAUAGCCAGUCAAAGGACGUGAAAACAUAUGCCAGCCGAUCAAUUUUGUUCCUUACCAGCAAUGGCAUCCUUAAGCCGGUUGCUAUUGAGUUAUCGUUGGGUGCAACUACUAACCGACCAGCUGAACGACAUGUUUAUACUCCUGCUGAAGAAGGUGCAUUGUGGCUACUGGCUAAAACUCAUGUUCGAGUCAAUGAGGCUGGAUACCAUCAAGUUAUUGGCCAUUGGUUGUUCACUCAUGCAAUUCUGGAGCCAAUCAUUAUAGCCACUCACAGGCAACUCAGCGCAAUGCAUCCUGUCUACAAAUUAUUAAAACCCCAUUUUCUGAACACUAUGCAAACCAAUCAGGUUGCCCGUCAGAGAAUAUUAAGAGCUGAAGGAUUUGUUGAAACUUGCCUUUCAUCCUCCAUAUAUUCCACGCACAUGUCUUCCAAUGCCUACAAGAACAGGAGAUUCAACGAGCAGGGAUUGCCUGCAGAUCUACUCAAAAGGGGCAUGGCUGUUCCAGACUCGACUGCACCUCACGGUCUGAGGCUUGUAAUUGAAGACUAUCCCUACGCAGUGGACGGUCUGGAGAUAUGGGCUGCUUUAAAGAAAUGGGUAACAGAGUACUUAUCAAUCUACUACAAGAGCGACGCUUCAAUCAAAGGAGACAAAGAGUUGCAGUCAUGGUGGAAAGAAAUAGUAGCAGUUGGCCAUGCAGAUGCAAAGGAAGGAUGGUAUAAAAUGGGAAGUUUCCAUGAAAUGACAGAAGCACUGACCACCAUAAUUUGGAUGGCAUCUGCUCUGCACGCAAAUGUAAAUUUUGGGCAUUAUGCCUACGGAGGAUACAUGCCCAACCGUCCUACCUUGAGCAGACGCCUGAUUCCACAAAAGGGAUCACCGGAAUAUUCCGAUCUGGUGAAGGACCCAGAAGCAUAUCUGCUUAAAACUCUGUCGGAUCAAAAAACAGCCGUCACUGUGAUGACUUCAUUGGAGGUUUUGUCGAAGCAUGCAAGAAAUGAAGUGUAUAUUGGACAGAGGAAGGGAUCCACUCCAGAGUGGACUGAUGACGUGGAGGUUGAUGAAGCCUUCAGUAGGUUCUCGUGUGCGCUGCAGGAGGUGGAGAAGAAUAUAAUGAACAGGAACAAGAAUCCUGAUUUCAAAAAUAGGCUUGGCCCAGCAAAGGUUCCCUAGACAUUACUGUACCAUAGUACAUCUGAUGUGUCCAUGACAGGUGGGCUCACGCGUCGUGGAGUACCCAAUAGUGCUUGCCUUUAAAAUAAAUGGAUCUGAAUUCACUAAAUUGGAUAAAAGUUUCAAUUUUCAGAUCUAGAAUGUUGGAAAUCAAUUAUCUACUACAGAGCUUGUACUACCAAAAAGCACUACAUUCAAGUGUGGAACUCAAUAAAGGGUGGGGAAAUGUAUGAGAGUGGAUGUAUAAAUCAUAUAGAUAUUCUGCUU